UUUACUGAAAUCAAAUCAAAAUAUGAAGAAUGUCUUUCUGAAAUUCAUGAACUUCAACAACAGUUAACAGAAACCAAAUUUUGUCAUUCCGCUAUAUUCGACUCUGAUUCUAAAUCUUCCUCACCAACCUCAUCAACACCUUCUACACCAAACAUAUCCAGAUUCCGGUUUCCUAGUUUAAAAUGUAAUACGAUUGCAGAUCGAAUGUCCUUACCACCAACUUUGAAAUUAAACGAAUCCAAUAACAAAGAUUCAGCAUCUUCAAAGCAUCAUCGUAAAACUAAAUCUUUAACUGCAGAAAUUAAAGAUAAAGAGAAACGUGACAAUGCCCAUGCUGAAAUAGUACAACAAUUACAACGUGAAUUAAAACAACUUGAAUUACUUCAUCGGGAUAAAUCACAAGGAUUGGAUGCUAUCAAACAAGAAUUCGCAAGGUUAGAAUGUACCCAUCGCGAAACCUUAGAAAUAGUUGAAGAAUUGAAAGAUGAGAUCAAGAGACGUGAUGUAUUAGAACAGUCAGAAGUUACUUCUAUUAGUGAUAGCGACUAUACUGAUGGUAUUUGUAGUUCUGCAACUA